AUGGUAGGGGCGAAUCUUAGAAGAAAGCAUACUUGGUUGAGAGUGUUAAACAAUUUAAGAAGUAGACUUUCAAUGUGGAAAGGUAGAAACAUAUCCAUCGGGGGUAGAGUGACACUUAUUAAUUCGGUGCUCAAUGCUAUUCCUUCUUUCACUCUAUCUUUUUUCAAGGCCCCGGGUUUGGUUUUAAAAGAGAUAAGAAGUAUUCUUAAUAACUUUUUAUGGUGUGGCAAUGCGAAUAAAAGAUGUGGGCAUUGGGUGGAUUGGCACACGGUUUGUAAACCUAAAGAGAAAGGGGGUUUAGGGGUGAGAGAUGUGGGGGAGGUGAACAAAGCUUUACUUCUUAAGUGGAAAUGGAGGAUUCUCUUGGAAGAUAAAACUUUGUGUAGUGAUUUUUUGGCGAUGAGAUACUUUGAUCCGAAAGUGAAGGUGUUGGCUAUUGGUGGGUGUGCUAAUAGCUCUAAGGAUUCCUUAUGGUGGAGGGAUGUCAUUAACAUUGAUUUGAUGGAGGCCCCUUGUGAGGAUGGUUUCAAGGGUUGUGUUCAAAGCAUAUUUAAAAAGGAACCAAUGUUUCUUUCUGGUUUGGUCUUUGGAUAG